AUGCUGCGAUCAUUUUCGCAAAAUGCUACCAAGGUGACAAAUUUGGCAUGUGUAGCUGGCCGUUUACAGCAAUGCUCGAAGAUACAUAUACCACCAUGGAGACCUGCAUCACCACUAGAUGAGUGGGUAGCAAAAGAUGCAAGACCUAUUAGUCUGCGCCAACUUAUGGUCUUCGGACGAUCGUUGACAGAAGCACGGCUUAUAAGCUCUGCGAAUUAUGUGCGAACAGAGCUUCCCACCAGAUUAGCACAUCGUAUACGAGACAUGCAAACGCUCCCCUAUGUCGUCGUCACCAAUCCGCAUAUGAGUCAGGUCUACGAGUUAUACUACAAAGCAUUUGAGAGCUUGCGAAGAGUGCGCGAAAUCAAAACCCUGGAUGAUAACGACAAGUUAUGCAAAGUCAUCAGCAGUACCCUACAAGAGCAUCUUACCGUAAUCCCAAAGCUAGCAAUGGGCGUGUUGGAAUGCCGAGAUUUAAUGAAUCCUUCGGAUAUGGACAAAUUUAUGAACACAAUUUUGCGAUCGAGAAUAUCGCGACGAGUUAUCGCAGAGCAACACCUAGCUUUAACAGAGACCUUCCAUUCACAUUGGCAUUUUCCUGAUGGGAAACCAGCGGAGUCGGAGUUUGUGGGCGAAGUCUUCUUAAGGUGCAAUGCAAAGGAGGUAGUUGAACGAGUGGGCAGCGAAGUUCAAGCUUUGAUGUCAGCUACUUACGGCCCCUCCACCAUAAUGCCUGAAAUACGGCUUGCUGGUCAUGUCGAAGCCACAUUUCCAUAUAUUCUAAGCCACCUAGAAUACAUUAUCGGUGAACUACUACGAAAUUCCGUUCAAGCAGUCGUCGAAAAACGGAGAAACGGCCGAAGCAAUAACCAACCUCCUCCUCCUAUCGACAUAACAGUCUGCGAAGCGCCUCAGCAUGUGAUAAUCCGAGUAUCAGAUCAAGGAGGCGGUAUACCUCGAGAUAUUCUUCCGUAUCUCUGGGCAUUUAGUAAAGGACCUCGUAGCAACCAACGUCUCGAAAACCUCACCCGAGUACCAAAAAUGGCGGCUACGAUGCAAGAACUGCGCGUAACAGACAAAGCACCCGGGUCGCAAAGGAACGAUGGAGCACCAGCGGUGGCAGCGACCGUAGGAAAUGUCGGCCCCAGCUCCACAGCACACGAAACAUCCCUUUCUUCGCUCACCAGCCGGCCUCCCAACCUCCGUCUGGGCAUGGGUUUACCAUUAAGUCGAGUCUACGCCGAAUACUGGGCUGGGAGCUUAGAGCUACAUAGUUUAGAGGGAUACGGCUGUGAUGCAUUUCUACAGAUUUCGAAACUGGGGAACAAGAAUGAACAGUUAACAAUGAGGGCUAGUAUGGAUGCUAUAUAG